GGCGGCCAAGCAGUGAGGAGGCUGUCAGGGUGAGCCCCGCUCUGCUGGGGGACAGCAAAGCUCCUGUGCCUCAGGUAGGAAAAGAAAGAAAGUGACCUUUGUAUGUGAUGGGGAGGGGAUCCUGCCUGCAGCAGUGCAGGAGCUGGGAAGCGGUUGGUGCAGGCGCAGGGAGAUUCACUGGUCAGGAGACACACCUGCUUUGGCCACUGUGACAAGGAGGCUUCACCCUGUGAGCUGCUGAGCGGUCUGUCUGUAGUGCCCUUUGAGGCAGAGGGGGCCUUGGAGAGCAUCCCAGCAGUGGAGAUUUUGUGGCCCCCACUUUGGUGUCCUGGUGGAGCGCACAGUGGUCCCUGAGCGUGCAUCCUGCUGGAGCUGCUCUGCUGGGUGCAUCUGUCCCAUGGUCCCCAUAGAAGCAAUGCUCUGAUUCCGGAAACACACACAGCUUAUGGCUGUCCUCCCUGCACCAGAGCAGCUCUCCAUUGGCAGCCUCCUGCAGACAGUUGCUGAGUUCCACUAAUUGUUCAUCAUAAGAGGCCAGAACUGGGUGUGGACAGCAGCUCUUCCUCUAGGCUGGCAGCUGGAGAGGCCGGAGUCCAUCCCUGGCCAAGGUCUUUGCUCUCUUGUUCUUGUCUGCAUGAGCAGCGACCAGCAUGCUGCCUGUGUGGUGCUGAGGGCUUCAGGAAGCACAUCUUCCUGCUGCUGGUCCCUGUGGGCUGAGGAAGCUCCCCAGGAGGCAGGAAGGCUCUGCCCGGUUAAGCCUUCCAGACAUGCUGCCUGGAGGUGGGGGGGCUGCUGAAAGGCGUUUAUCUGCCUGGAAGAUGUGGGUGAUGGCUCAGGGUACCCUGGUGCUGCCCCGGCAUCGUGGUCUCAGCACCCCACCCUGAGCCCCAGCUCUGAAUACUGGAGGAAGUGCUUGAGAAACCCGGGCUCAGCACUGCCUCCUGGAGAGGUGGAUCCAGGCGGGGUUGGGGUGACCUCUGCCUGCUCUGGGCACUGUCUGGCACUGCCCUGUGCCCUGCUGAGUGGUGGGCAGCCUGCCCCUGGUGUGGGGAGCCAGAGCCUUCUUCCCUAAUGUGAAUGAGCCCAGUUCUUGCUGCGCCAAGGAUUUUCCUUCCACGGGUAUGUUUCUGUGCUGUAACCAAACUGUCUCUUCAUUUCUUUUCUCCUCUUCCUCCAAGCUAUUUUCUUCGCCUUUGAAUCAUUUCUGGGAAAGGGUUGACCAAUACUUUAAUGUUUAAAGCAUCCUGUUUUAAAACGUGGAUUGAACGUUGCAUAACUUGGGUGUGUAGUGCAGCUUAGGGGUUAUGUUGCUUCCCUGUUCGCACCUCUUGUCUGCUUGGACUUUUGAGUCUGAAGUUUGUGCCAGGUGCCUCCCCAGUCCUCGUCAGAUACUGCUUUCUGGGCUGUGCAGCCCCUGGUGCCUUGUUGGUCCGGCUCUCCUUGUCUUUAGAUGGAGAGUGUUGCCUCUGGGUGUGCUGAGAUGUGUUGUAUUUGAGUGAGCCCAGCAUACCGAGUGACUCAGAUCCCUGGAUGAGUGUCCUUGCUUCCUACUGAGAUGUCAAUCACUAAGUAUCAUCAGAAAAACAUCGUUUACUUCCCUAUUAUGAGCAAAACAGACACUGUGUUGUGGUUUCUGCCCCUUCUUCUGGGCCUGCGCGAGGUCCAUCAGCAGGCAGUGAGGUUUCCCAGUGACAGAUACCUUCUGAGACCUGGCAGCAGUGCUGGCUGCCCUGAUGUACUCCAUCUCACUGCACAGCCCUUCCGAGGCUGUGGUGUGCCAGUGCUGGGUCAGAAGGCUGCGCCCUGGUCCUCUGUGGCUGUGUCUCAUCUGCGCCAUUUAUGUAAUUGCUUCUGUUUAACCAAAUGUAAUUCUCCAAGGCGUAAAACCAACUUUAUUUGAAAUGGUGAAUGUUCAAAGCCUGCUCAGCUGGUGGGAAGCACAUCCCUGUCACCUUUUACCAGUGGAAUCAGCCCCUCUGUUACCAGAUGUCCCGCUCUGUACAGCCUCAGCCUUCUGCUCUCCUCAGCUCUGACAUGAUUUUUGCACUUUCCUGACCUUGGCAAUUCUUCCUAUAUGCCAUACUUUAUUUAAAAUGGUCGCUGUGGGCCAGUGAUCUGCUUGUACUAUUGUCUGAGGCUGGUGCAAGCACCUCUGCUGGUUGAGGUCUGUUCUUGGUGCACUGGAAAACGGUUCUUCCUCCUCCCGUGACACAAAGAUGUUGUUCUGCUGCUUCUGAAUGAUUGCUGAACGCUUCUGCUUUUGUGUGUGUGUGUGUGAUGUUUUUGUUGGUGCUGGUUUUUGGGGGAGAAGAGGUGCAGUUGGUAAGGGGGGAUGCAGUGCACACCCUUCCAGUGAUUCAGCCCCGGGUUGGGUUGGUGGAGGGCCACGACCUCGGUGUGGUGCUGCUCGCGCUGCAGUGAAGGCUGAUGACAGUGCAGCCUGCACUUCCCAGCCAGGCAGGGCAGCCCUCGUGUGCAGCAGCUCUGCCUUGUGCUCUGUCGUGCAGAACGCUGCUCCCAGCUGCAGUAGGAAGGGGCUGGCUGUGCAGAGUGGAGCUGGUGCAGGUAGUAGCUGAGGAGGAAGAUGUGUCGGGGCCCUGGGAGCUGGAGAGCGCUGGGAAGAGGAACGUGGAAUCAGGGCUGGAGGCCAAUGGCUCCCAGGGGCAGGAGGAACAGGAACCAGUCAGCUCCACGGCCUGCGGAGAGCCAGAGGAGGAGGAGGAGACAGAAGAGGAGGAAGGGAGCUGCUGCAGUGAGGAAGGGGAAGAUGGCAGCAACAUCUACUUCUAUUACACCAUUGGCGAGCGCUGGAUAGACUACCUGCAGCGGACGGAGGACAGCGGCUUCCUCCGCCAUGUGCGGCCCAAGAUGAAGCGGAAGUCAGAGAACGGCCUGGAUGGCAGAGCAUUGUCCCCUGGUAAAAAGCUGUGCAAGGGCUCAGAGUACAGCAGGACGUUGGGCCCUUGCAUGCCCAGUCCCACCACCACCUUUGGGGAUCUGCGCAACGCUAAAGCUGGCCAGGCCCGGCGCCGCCGCAUCCCCUCUGUUGCUCCUCCUCCUGAGCUGCAGGACUGGCUGCGCACCUUCCAGCGGUGGAGCGGCCCAGAGAAGCUGCUGGCCCUGGAUGAGCUCAUUGAUCGCUGCGAGCCCUCCCAAAUCAAGUACAUGAUGCAGGUCAUUGAACCACAGUUUCAGAGGGACUUCAUUUCACUGCUGCCCAAGGAGCUGGCACUCUAUGUCCUCUCGUUCCUGGAGCCUCGGGAUCUGCUCCGUGCUGCCCAGACCUGCCGCUACUGGAGGGUGUUGGCUGAAGAUAACCUGCUUUGGAGGGAGAAAUGCCGUGAGGAAGGCAUUGAGGAGCCCUUGAAUCUGCGUAAGCGGCGCCUGCUGAGCCCUGGAUUCAUGUACAGCCCCUGGAAGUUUGCCUUCAUGCGGCAGCACAAAAUUGACAUGAAUUGGCGCAGCGGUGAACUCAAAGCCCCCAAGGUGCUGAAGGGACACGAUGACCACGUCAUCACCUGCCUGCAGUUCUGUGGCAACCGGAUAGUGAGCGGCUCCGACGACAACACGCUCAAAGUGUGGUCAGCUGUCACUGGAGAGUGCGUGCAGACUCUGGUUGGCCACACAGGGGGGGUCUGGUCCUCCCAGAUGAGGGACAGCAUUGUCAUCAGCGGCUCUACGGACCGCACACUCAAAGUGUGGAACGCAGACACGGGCGAAUGUGUGCACACGCUGUAUGGGCACACAUCCACAGUGCGCUGCAUGCACCUGCAUGGGAACAGGGUUGUGAGUGGCUCGCGGGAUGCCACUCUGCGCCUCUGGGACAUUGAGACUGGGCAGUGUCUACACGUGUUGAUGGGGCACGUGGCCGCCGUGCGCUGCGUGCAGUACGAUGGGCACAAGGUGGUGAGCGGUGCAUACGACUACACAGUGAAAGUGUGGGACCCUGAGAGUGAGAGCUGCACUCACACACUGCAGGGGCACACGAACCGCGUCUACUCGUUGCAGUUUGACGGGACGCACAUCGUGAGCGGCUCUCUGGACACAUCCAUUCGAGUGUGGGAUGUAGAAAGUGGGAACUGCUUACACACCCUCAUGGGGCACCAGUCACUGACAAGUGGCAUGGAGCUACGUGACAACAUCCUUGUGUCUGGCAAUGCUGACUCCACAGUAAAGAUCUGGGACAUCAAGACGGGCCAGUGCCUGCAAACACUGCAGGGGCCCAGCAAGCACCAGAGCGCCGUGACCUGCCUGCAGUUCAGCUCCAAGUUCGUGGUGACCAGCUCGGACGACGGUACUGUCAAGCUCUGGGACCUCAAGACGGGCGAAUUUGUGCGCAAUCUGGUGGCUCUGGAGAGCGGAGGCAGCGGGGGGGUGGUGUGGCGCAUCCGUGCUUCCAACACCAAGCUGGUGUGUGCGGUGGGCAGCCGCAAUGGGACGGAGGAGACCAAGCUGCUGGUGCUGGACUUUGAUGUGGACCUGAAAUGAACCCGGCCGUGCAGGCUGGGAGGGAGGAUCCCGCGGGCCGGGCGUAGCAGCUGGUCUUGGUGGGGCUGGCCCCAGAGCAGGCGCUUUGCUCCCCGCGGUCUGUAAAUACUGUUUGCAGCUGUCUGGGCCUUAUUUAUAUAUGUGUGAACUCCCUGUGGGGAGCCUGCGCCCAGCUGGGGCACUGUACAGAGGAAGCAGCAUGUUUUGUACACACUAAUAUAUCGAUUUAUUUCUGUACCUGGA